GGUAACGGCGGGCGGUUCGGGUUGGGCCGAAAGGGGCCAAACCACCGCCCGCCCAGGAGCCGGGUUUUCCCCUAAAGAGGCCAUGCUGGCUGAGGAUGGUGGACCGUAGUCUAGCACAUCUGGAAGCCAACUAAGCUGAAGAAGGUUGCCCUAAAACAUUGGUAUUCUAAGCACACAGCUCGUCUGACUUCCAUUGGAAGAGGUCAUUUUUAAUUUCCUGCAUCCAAUAUCCUGAGGAAGGCUGGCCAUGGUAAAGAUGCUGCUCUGACUGACUCUGUUCACUGACUGUGCUCACUGAGGGUGUGGGAUGGCUCUACAUGGCAUCAGCAGGGCCAGAAGCCUAUAGUCUAAGCCUCAAGAGGGGAAGCCAGUUCUAGGUGGGCGUUUCACCAGGGCUGACAGUGCCACCACUCACAGUAAACCUUCACAACACUAAGGCCUGGUACCUUGCAAAGCAGCAGGUGAAGCCUAUCUGGCAGCUGGAACGGAAUCAUGUGACUGCUUUCCAGGAUCACCAACUGCUGCACUCAGGGAUCUCUUCCCAGCGUCCUCGCCUCUUGUACCCAGAAUCGUUAUGCAGUGAGGCAGUGUUGCUGAGCUCACCUCCACCUCAGCCCUACCCCCUUCCCAACUUCCUUGGAAGCACCCUGCUCUAUCGACGUUCUUACUUCAGACACAAGCCUUACCGGAGGCUUGAGUCCAUCUGCUUACAACCGAAUAUUUUGGAGAAAAAACCUCUUCGUGUGCCACCUCCUGCUUAUCGCUCUGUUCUCGGUAACGUCAUGUCAUCCUCAACCAUGGAUCCAUUCUUCAUACCUAGCACUGCAGGUGAGCGUUCCAGUCCAGUGUCAAAAGGUUUGCCUCUCAGCUCAGGGAAGCAAAGCUCCAGUGGAUAUAGACCAGUGCUAAACAAUAACUCUUUCCUGAGGCCAACAAGUGCUAAAGUGCCUUUGCAGCAGCACCAACACCAACCUCAGCCACCAGAAAAUAAAAAGCUGAGAGGCUUGUCAAGGGCCCCAGGAUUCUCCUGGACUCAUUCUGGAGGAAAUGGAGAUGGUUCUUCUGUGAAUCAUGAGCGGAAGCUUCUAAAGGGCAGUGGCUUAGCCCUUGAGCAAACCAGUGCCAAAUCUCCUCGUUCAUCUGUGCAUAAUGGCAUGGUUCUUAAAGCAGAACAACCCUUUUGGAGACUUGAGGAUGGUGAAAAUAGAUCACAAAACCUGAAAGAACAAGAUGUGAAGUUGGCGGAAGCUAUGCGGAAAUUGACUGCAAGUGGUAUCCGGAAGGUCAGUACCUACAAUGAGUUUGGUCACCGCAUUGACAGUUCCUGCCUUAUGAAUACAAACUUCCACUCCAGCCUGUUUAAUCGAUGGAAACCACACAUUGUAGCACAGAUCACCCCAAAGGAUAUACCCAUCGCCACCUCCCUGAAUCUGGAAUCUGGCAACCGCCACCAGAGCCUUACAAGCACAGAAGUUGCCGGUGUCUGCACUAAACGCAUCGAUGUUCGUUUCGUAGCCUCUAAUCCUGAAUCUUCAAACCACAACACCUCCAGUUAUUCUGUCAGUCCCCCAUCUGUGAACAUUGGAGAACAGGUGGUAAAAACAGAGUUGUCCCCACGAAUGGCUGUCUCUGAAGUGGAGACAAAAAUUUCCUCUCUUCAGUUGGGGACUGAUACAAAAUGGGGGCAGCCGACUACUGUGAAAGAUGCUGAAGCUGCAGUCAACCUGCCCCUGCUGGACCAAGCAGAGGUGGAAGAUGUAGAGGAAGAACUUCCUGAUGGUUUGGAGGAUGCCUGCAGUCAGGAUGAGGAAGGGGAAGAAGAAGACGGGGAAGGUGAAUCAGAUGGUUCUUCAUCAGCUGGAUUAUCCCCCAAUGGUUCUGUAGCUAUUAUAUCCAGGAAUUGUGUUGAAGGAUUGGUGCCUCCACUUGAAGGCCAAGAGCGAAUUCUGAAGCCAGCUCUCAUAUGCAGCCUAUUCCCCAGUGUGCCUCCCACCUUAUAUUUUGGUACUCGGGAUGAGAGAGGGCUUGCUUCUUUCCUAGUGGAAAAGCUCCCCUGGGACCAGAGGAAGUUGCUGCGAUGGAAGAUGAGCACGGUGACUCCAAACAUUGUGAAACAAACGAUUGCCCGGUCCCACUUCAAAAUCAGCAAGAGAAACAAUGACUGGCUUGGUUGCUGGGGUCAUCACAUGAAAUCUCCUGGGUUCAGAGUUAUCAGAGAACACCAAAAGUUAAACCACUUUCCUGGCUCAUUCCAAAUUGGUCGGAAGGACCGACUAUGGAGAAACAUUUCCAAAAUGCAGCUACGCUUUGGAAAGAGGGAAUUCAACUUUCUACCACAGUCAUUCAUCCUGCCUCAAGAUAUCAAGUUGCUCAGGAAGGCUUGGGAAGAUUGCGGGAGUCGUCAGAAAUGGAUUGUGAAGCCGCCAGCGUCAGCUAGAGGCAUUGGAAUCCAGGUAAUCCAUAAGUGGAGCCAGUUACCCAAGCGCAGGCCACUGCUGGUGCAAAGGUACAUACAUAAGCCCUACCUCAUUGGUGGAAGUAAGUUUGACUUACGGAUUUAUGUUUACGUCACAUGCUAUGAUCCACUUCGUGUCUACCUGUUCAAAGAUGGACUUGUUCGCUUUGCCAGUUGCAAAUAUUCCUCCUCGAUGAAGAGCCUCAGCAACAAGUAUAUGCACUUGACCAAUUACAGUAUCAAUAAGAAGAAUGUCGAAUAUAAGUCCAAUACAGAUGAAACUGCUUGCCAGGGUCACAAGUGGGCACUGAAGGCACUCUGGAACUAUUUGACCGAGAAAGGAGUUGACAGUGAGGCCAUAUGGGAGAAGAUAAAAGACAUUGUUGUCAAAACCAUCAUUGCGUCAGAGCCCUAUAUAAUCAAUCUUGUGAAGAUGUAUGUGCGGCGCCCUUACUGCUGCCAUGAGCUGUUUGGGUUUGAUGUCAUGCUGGAUGAGAACCUUAAGCCGUGGAUCCUAGAAGUCAAUAUCUCCCCUAGCCUUCAUUCAAACUCUCCUUUGGACGUGAGCAUCAAGGGACAAAUGGUUCGGGAUGCACUUAACUUAGCUGGCUUUCUGUUGCCAAGUGCAGAAGAUGUAGCUUCACCCUCUGGAAGUGCCAGCAGCUCCACAAUCAGUCUGAAUAGUGCCAUGAAAGAAAAAAGCAGACCAUCUGUGGAGCUGUUCACAGCUGAGAAAACAAAGAGAGCUUAUUAUUUGACUCAGAAAGUGCCUGAUCAGGAGUUCUAUUCUACCAUCCUGGAUAUCCUGACACCAGAUGAUGUACGGGUCCUGGUAGAGACAGAGGAUGAGUUUGCUCGGAGGGGACAGUUUGAGCGACUCUUCCCCUCCCGCAUAUCUAUGCGCUACUUGCGCUUCUUUGAGCAGCCACGAUACUUCAACAUUCUUACAGCUCAGUGGGAGCAGAAGUAUUUUUUGAAUAAAACCAAAGGACUGGACCUGCUCAGAAGUUGGUGCCACAAAGGCUAUCACAAUGGAAUAGUGACAGAUUCCACCAUAAUGUGGACGCUGCCCAGACCCCACCUCUUUUUGAAGAAUGAGCUCCAUGUGAAUGGCCUCAGCAAGGUGGAGUCAGGGAGAGCCAGUAGCAAAGUCCCUGGCCAACGAGAUGGAGAGGAGCCAGCCCGAAGCCCUGAGCCAAAUUCUUGCACUCAAAGCUUACCUCAGAUUAAGUAUACCACUGGAAUUCUCAAGAAAUCUGCAAUCCCUCGGGCUCUUAGCAACUCAAGUCUGGUAAAGUGACAAGGGACUGAGUGGCCAAGUUCCCCUCCCUCACCAUGUCAGGUGGGGGUGUAUGUGACCUACCUCAGUGGAAGCUGGGAAAGCCGGCAGCGGAAGCAUGAAGAGGAUCUCUCAUCUGGCAUACCCACCACAGAAUAUUUUUUGGAAAGGGAAUUGGGACAAAAAGGAGAUGUUUUACAUGCUCAAAAGGGACAAAUAUCUCUGUUUAUAGCUGCUUCUCUUUUUUUUACGACAAAGGAAGUUUCUAAACACAGAAGCUUGAAAAACUGGUUUAAUGUUUAGUGUGAAUUCCUUGGAGUAUGACCUUGUAAUCUUUCUUCCUCACCACUUGAGCCAUAAGUGCCUGUCACUGUGAAGUGCCAACAUGUUAGGUUAGACACCUCCAGUCUUGAUGUCAGUUUGUGCAAUGCCCUCCUCCUCCUACUAUGGGACAAAAUUUUACAUGUUUGCAGUCAGCUAAUGUUAUCAUGCAUUUAAAAUCGGAACAAAUUUAGUUUUCUCACAAAUACUAUGGGAAUUUAAAAUAGGCUAUGUAAUACCAUUGAAACAGGCAUGUUUAUAAAUACUGAUGGGCAACCUUCAGAGAAAUAGUAUUGGACUUAGAGCUCAGUAUCUUUAGCUUGACAUACUUAUUCUCCACAUACGUAUCUCUGUUAUGUGCUAGUCCAUGUCCCUGUUAUAAAACAUAAAGGGAGUGUUAGCAAUGAUUUCUUAAGCCAAGAGGAGCAUCUUAUUUAAGUAUAAAAUAAAACUUGAGAUUGCCAAGUGUGCUGAAAGGGCCCCCCUCCUCUCCCCCCCCAUGGUUAGUGGUAGGUGGUUAUUGUUUGUCCAGCCCUCAGCACACAUGCAAACUUUAGAACACACUCCCCAAAGGAGUUGUGUUUAAGAUUUAGCACCUAAUGUAGCUUGAGUAUGUAUAUUUUUAAGUACUGCAGACUCCAUCAGUGCUACUUCUGAUCACAUAGAAAAACAGUGCUCUUUUCUUCCCUUACGGCUGGGUCUUUUCUCUCUUUCCAGAAUUUAUCAUAAACUAGAACAUUUUCCUUGCUCCAUUUCUGAGGGUGUGACUAGGUGGCCCAAUUAUCCUGGCCUGGAUCAGUCUAGAUCAUGUUAAACAUGGUUACUUUGAGGUAAGGUGUGUUAUUUGGUGUGAUCCUUGCAACCACAAGCAAAGAUUGACCACACUUCACCUCAAGCAGUCCUGUUUAGUAUGACCUAAACUGAUUUUCUUUCCCUUUUGAAGGUAAAGAAAAACAACAACAAAUUCUUCUCUUUGUCUCUUCUUCUGUGCUUUGCUUAAGCCACUUGAGAAAUGGAAAACUUCCUUCCCAUUCACUUGCACAAUGGAAGGGAGAAUAUGUUCUCACUUUCUUUUUAAUUGUUGCUAACUGAAAUAGCACAUCAGUGAUGCCUUUUCAUGCAGCACUUGUGUAUUGGCAACAGUUUAAAACGAAAUGAAAAACUGCUGCUCUCUUCCCCUCUGCAGGCAAGCACAAAGGAAGCUUUCUGGUGAAAGUUAAAUUAUCUGUUUUGGUUUGAUCCCAGCAGUCACACACAUUGGAACCAGACCAAAAUGGAGUGAUCUUUUCUGCUUCAAAAAAGAACAACAAAUAGUAGCCCCUGACAGGGACCUGAAAAAGUGCAGUUAGGCAUUAAUCAGGAACAGUUUUUUUUGUUUUUUGUUUUUUUUUUUUUGUGAUGGUGCAUGCAUUGUAUGGUUGCUGGAAAAAGGAACAAACCUAUCUGUUCCCAACCUGGACCAAACCGUGGGACAAAUGCCCAUCUGAUCAUGAAGAUUUUUCAUUUGUGUACACAUGCCUGGAAACUGUGGUAAACUUAGCACUUCCCACCUAAAAAAACAUCUACUUUCAGGCAGCACAGUUGUUUGUUGUUGUGAUGUUUCUGCUGUGAUGGAGCAUUUGAUGAUGUGAUUGAUACCAGAAAGCAUUUCCCAAAUGUGUAGAGAUGCUACAUGUUGGAAGCUGCAGAAGUUGUCAGUGAGGUCAAGAGUCUGAAGGGUGAACUUUGGUUUAACAGACAUAUCAACUGAAAGCGAGAAAUUGGUCUGUUUUACUUCCAUGUGACCAGUCAUUAUUAAGUGGACACUGUAGACGGUUGAGUAAGUUAUGUGAGCCUACUGUUAAUUCUUCCAUUAUUUUUAUGGACCCCUCUCUCUUUGCUGAAGAGCACU